CAACAUUAGUCUCGUUUUGAACGACCUGAGAGCUGUAUAAGAUGUCUGUUCCCUUCUCCAACACAAACCUGCGCAUCCCUAGAGGCUUUGUGAAUUUAUUGGAGGGUCUUGCUAAAGAGGUGUUGAGAGACCAGCCUGAGGACAUCCCUACCUUUGCUGCUCUCUACUUCACAAAGCUUCUUAAAGCCAGAGAGGAAAGUGGCCUAGACCCAGCAGAGUGGGGUGCAAAGUUGGAAGACAGGUUCUACAAUAAUCACUCAUUUAAGGGCACAGCAAUGCAAGGAAACAACAUUUCACCAAAAAUAAAUACAAGAAACAACGCUGGCCGCUCUGAAACUUUUGGAGACAAUGAAACCAUAAGCUCCCCAUUAAAAGACCUCAACACUAAUAAUUCAGAGGACACUGAAGUAAAGCAAAAAUAUGAGUUAGAUAAGAAGCUCGAUGAGGAAUCCGGUGAGAUGGAACAUGGGCCUGAUGUGGAUAUUCCCUAUGUGAAUACAGCAGAUGUUAACAUAUGUGCUCAAGAGCUAAAAGACCCCAGCCGGAUUCCAGAGCAAACAUCAGAGGUACUGAAGGAUGAUGAGGUUGUAAAAGAAGCUGUAGAUAUUGAUAUCUGCAGAUCAGAACUUGAGCCUACACCUUUGCCUUCCUUUGGUGGUCUCGCAAAUGUGGAUGUAUGUGCUGAAGAGAUAAACCGCCCGUCUGAACCUACUGAGAACAACAGAGACUUGGAAAGCCCAAAAUUGAAUGAAGGAGAGUUUGAAACACAAGAUGAAUCUUUUGUUGAAACCCCUUCACAUUUUGAGCAGGAUGUAGGCAAGCAAGCAAAUGAAAUGUCUGAUGAUGCUGAUGAUGAUGAUGAUGAUGGCCAUACUGAAGAUGCUGAACAGGGAAUUUUAGAAAUGGCUGAUCAUUUAUUAGAAGACACUGCUCCAGAAGAGAAGAGCACUGAGCAGAUUUAUGUGGAGGAAUCAACUGAAAGUACUAUUGAAAAUGCAGUUGAAGUAGAGCAGGAAUCAGAGGAACAUACUGAAGAAAAGGAUGACUUACCAGACAAUGAAAACCAGGAAGAGACUAAUCAUGACUACAGCAGCACCAAUGACUUUGUAGAAGAUGCAGCCGAUUCCACAUCUGAUAUCAAUAGUAGAUCAUUGAUGGAAAUGAAAGACACAUACAUUGACUACAGUGAUGAGACAUAUGACAGUAAAAGCGAAGUCAUAGAUGUUCUAGAUGAAGUGCACCAUCACUGUUCUACUCAUACAGGUGAGCAUGAAGCUGAGAACAGCACUGAUGAACAGAACACCUCUAAAAUUAUGGAUGCAAUGAAGGAGGAAACCCCAAAGCUAGUUAACGAAGUCACAGAGGACAUGAUAAGCAAUGAGAUUUUAAAUACUGAUGCAGUGGAUGCUUCUGAGAAAGAUCUAAACACAGAGAACGUAAAUGAAGGGAGUGAUCUUGACAGUGAUGCUGAAGAGAUGGAUCUGGACAUUUCGAACAUGCCUCAGCAAAAUAUGGUAAAAACUGAAGAUGAAGAGAAUGAUUUAACCCAUGAUACUGAACCAAAGGAAGAUAUUUUGCCUUCUGAAGCUGAUCCCAGGCCUUUAGAAGGAGAAACAGAGGUUAUCAGUGAAGAACAUCUUACAGAGUCACAAGAACAGACUGAAAACACUGAGAAUGAAGGAGAUCAAGAGGAUCAGUUGGAGGAGCAAAGGGAUAAAAGUCAGGAAUCGACACUUGAAAGUGAGAACCAGGAAAAUCCUGACAGCACAGAACAAAAGGAGGAAUGCAACCAGCCACAAGAGGAAGAGGACAUCAUGGACAUCCCAUUGGAUGACCCAGAGGCCAAUAAGGCAGCCGCCAAAAUCCAGGCCGGCUUCCGUGGUCAUAUGACCCGGAAGAAGAUGAAACCCGGUGAAAAGCCCAAUGAGGAGGUGAGCAGCAGUGGUGAGGCCCUCAACGGCAGCCAAGGGGACUCAGGGGGAACAGACGGAGUAGAGACAGACGCCACAUCUGGACCAGAGCAGUGAAGACCCUUCUCAAGGUGGACGGCUUAUAGGACGCUUUCUCCAGGGAUUUUUUUUGUGUCCAAAAAAAGUAGUAAAACUAGGCUGGAUAUGUCAUCUGAUGUGUGAACUCUUUCUCUAUUUUCUGCUUCUUAUCCAGUCCGGGUGAAUAUCUGCUCCAGCAUGCUUUUGCAUCCCACAAAAGGCAUCUGUAUACUGUAUAUCUGAUUUUUGUAUAAAUCUGAGAACGGACGGUGUAGAAUUUAACACAGGCUUCUUCAAUCAGACAGUCAAGUAGACUUAAAACAAUGCAUCAUGAUUGAGUUUUCUCAUUUUUGUUGCUUGAUAUUCCUUUCUUGUGGUAGUAUCUAUGUUAAUGAUUGCCUUGAUUUGACCAUGUAGCCACUAUCACAUUAAGAUGUGAAAUUUGUUUAUCAAAGAAUGUUAUCAGUUGUUUAUAAUUGUGUUGACUGAUCUGUUUGGUUUGCUACCUGUAAUAUGUUGAAAAUGAAAUCAGCGCUUCCAAAGCAGCAUAUGGCAUGGCAAGAUUGACUAUAAUUUAUUUCAUUCGGUUUCAUUUGUAAAAUGAUUGAUACUAAGUCUUUUAAGGUAGUGCGUAUCAUUAGAAAUAUAGAAAUUGAGUUGUGAAAGCUUAAUGAGUGAUAGUCAAGAUCACCUUGCAUGUUGACAUCAGCAUCAAGCUCUGUAUCAGUUGAAAAAUUAAUUAAAAACUCAGAAAUG